GUAGUAGUAUUACUACUAGUAAGAACUAUAGCCUGGUUUAGUAAGUAAAAUACAAUAACAGUUAUUUAGUUAAUACGCUUGUGCUUCUUUUAUAUUGAGUUGUUAUACUGACCAGAGAUAGACUUACAGAAUAAUGCAUGGUCUUCUUCAAAGACUACAUGUACGUGUUAAAACUGUGCUUAGAAAAGAGAAAUAAAUGUGUCCCCAAGUUUCAGGAACGAAAUUAUGCAUGUUACCUCUUGCGUAACUGGCAUCUGCUUUUUCAAAAAACAAGUUAAUGCAGUACAUUCAUCACAGAUCAUCCAAAAGGAGUAAGGAUUUGGAUGUCAUAUUUUUUUUGCAAGAUAGUGAUUAACACUUGAAAAUAUGAGGACCUAUUUGUUCUGAAAAAUGGCAGUGUGAAGUGUGGUUUUAAAAUGCCAUCCAAGAAACGAUACAAUUUAGUGAACGAUGAUUCCUUUGAUAGUCGAAUCCCAUUACACAAUGAAGAAGCUUUUCAUCAUGGAAUUACAUUUUCAGCAAAAUACAUAGGUACCCUGGAUAUUCCCCGACCCAGUAGCAGAGUAGAAAUUGUAUCUGCAAUGCGACGCAUUAGAUAUGAAUUCAAGACCAAAGGCAUCAGAAAGAAGAAGGUUUAUAUAAAUAUAUCUGUUGAAGGAGUUCAAGUUAUUCUCAAAAAAGGGAAAAAGAGCAAUCAUUGGCCAAGGAAUGACAGUAGAUGUUUAUUAAUGCAACACCCUAUAUACAGGAUAUUUUAUGUUUCUCAUGACUCUCAAGAUAUGAAAAUCUUCAGUUAUAUUGCAAGGGAAGGAGGAAGUAACAACUUCAAAUGCAGUGUUUUCAAGUCCAAAAAGAAGGCUCAAGCCAUGAGGAUAGUACAUACUGUGGGCCAAGCCUUUGAAGUCUGUCACAAGCUAAGUUUACCUCUUCCUUCGUCAAGUGGAGGGAGCCAAGAAGAUCAAGAAGAUAGAAACAGAGGAUGCUUGCACGUGGAUGGUAUCUCAGAACCCAGUAGCUCAAACAUUCAAGGUGGAGAACCUCUUAGUAAUACAGCUAUUUCUCUUACCAAACAAUAUCCAAAUUCUCAGCAGGUAGGAGAGAUGAUUGAUAACGUGGGAACUGUAAACAAGAACCUUCCAGGACAAUUACCUAUUAGUGUUUACCACCAAGUGCAGCUACUUCAAGAACAACUUGACCAGCAGUUUCAGCAGGCUCAAGCAGCUCUUGCUGAAAUACACUUUCUAAAGGGUCAACUCACCACAGAAACUGCAGCUCGGAUGGAAGCUCAGUCUCAGAACCACCAAUUAAUGGUCCACAACAAGGAACUGCUGGAGCAUAUUCAAAGAUUAGUACAACACAUCCAAGAGUUAGAAAGGAAAUCAAAUCCAGUAUUGGGAGAACUCUCUUCCCCUCUUCAGUUAAAAGAA